AUGACCCUCGAGUCUGCUCCCGAGGGGCGUGGCCUUUCCACACUCCCCACGUGGUCCUUUUCCGUCCUGGAUCCUGGCUGGACCAGCCUAGGGCAGCCAGGUCUCAUGGAUUCGCAGUCCCGCUGCGUGGUGGUGACGGGUGAGCACACGUUUCCCUGCGUUCCGGGUUUCGGGCUGCUUUCUGCUGGGGCCUGGAAUGCACACUUGCUCGACACUGCUUGUAAACAGCUCUCCCCGGGGAACAUGAGUGGCAACUGGUGUCGGUUCCCACAGCAGCUGCAAGACCGUGUAUCCUGUCAGUCAAAGCCAGAUGGUGGUAGUCCCAAGAUGGAACUCUCCAAGCUGGGCUUAGGGGUGGAUACUAACAUAGAACUUCGAACUCUGCAGCUGCCUGUGGAUUACAGGGAGGUAAAACAGAGGCUCACCACAAUCUGGGAAGAUUUUCAACCACAACUUGCUGUGCACGUGGGCAUGGAUACUUCCACCAAGGCCAUCUUUCUGGAACAGUGUGGCAAAAACCGAGGCUAUCGGGAUUCAGAUGUAAGAGGCUUUCAGCCAGAGGAUGGUGUGUGCCUCCCAGGUGGUCCGGAAGUGAUGCUGUCUGUUGUCAACAUGAAGGAGGUCUGCAGGCGUGUUGCUGUUGAGGAUGUCGAGGUGGCCUUUUCUAGAGAUGCGGGCAGGUACGUCUGCGAUUACACCUAUUACCUGUCUCUGCACCUUGGGACUGGGCAUGCGGCGCUCAUCCACGUCCCUCCUCUGUCGCACUGGCUCUCAGCCAGCCUUCUGGGCAAAGCCUUGCAAGUCAUCAUCCAAGAAAUGCUGGUAGAAAGUGGGGAAGUCCAGACUCAAAGGGAAGCAGCAGGGGGAUGCCCUCUUUAG